GAGAAAGAGAGCGCUGCAUAGCCUACUGAUAAGAGAAAUAGCUAGAUAUUUAAAUUGAAACGUUGUGAACAGGGUUUCACUGGAUUUCGCAGAUCGUUCGAAAAUCCAGCGGAAAUAGCAGUAUGCAGACGUAAGCCAAGAAAGCCUUUUAGAACAGAAGAAUAGAGGCCUAAGUGAAGUUGGAUCGAAGGCUCCCUGGCGAUGAAGAUGGUACUCUGAUCUCUUCGAUUCGUUCCUUCCUCCUUGUCCCAGCCCCCUAGUUACAUCGAGCAGAAGGACAAAGACUCAGAAGAGAGCACCUGGGAAAUUUCAGCUUCUGUGACGUUCCCCGGAAUACUUGUGGAAAAACUUCAGGCAGAACCCUGAUGAUAGGAUGCUGCAGCUAGCCAGAGUGGGACUGAGCCCCACCUGAACACCGUCCCAUCCUCACACCCUCGUCUUCCCACAAUGCCCUGCCCUUGCCGUGCGAAGCUGAAGCUCUUGGUUGCAUCUGUGGCUUUUGUGUUGCUUUUGACGUGGCUGUACCUUAUUGUCGGGAACCUGGAGAAUGGGCGCUCCCUGCUGCUCUCCCCCUGCCUAGUUGAUCAGUCUGAGCCGCGAUACCUGGACCGCUAUGUGCUGGAGUCGCGGGUGCGGGAAAUGGAGGAGGAAAAUCUGCAGUUGCGGCAGCAACUCAGCCAAUCGCCUGGAGCCGCGGCGCCAGCCCAGGAGGGGAACUACGGCAACCAGCAGUGGGUGGCAUCAGCAGACACCGGGCCCGAGGAUGGGGAAAACACAGCAGAGGAAGGGUCCAAUCACACCGAAUGUGUUCGGCAGCCAGUGGUGGAGAGAUGUGAGCUCAUCCACGUGGCAUGUGUGUGUGCCGGUCACAAUGCCAGUCGAGACGUGGUCACUCUAGUCAAGUCCAUUCUGUUCCACAGGAGAAACCCGCUCCACUUCCACUUCAUCACAGACGCCGUGGCCAAUCAGAUCCUCAGCUCCCUUUUCCAGUCCUGGAUGGUGCCGUCAGUGCAGGUCAGCUUCUACGACGCGGACGAGCUGAAGUCAGAGGUGGCCUGGAUCCCGAAUAAGCACUACUCUGGGAUAUAUGGCUUAAUGAAGCUGACCCUGACCAAAGCGCUCCCAUCUGACCUCACUAAGGUCAUCGUCCUGGAUACAGACAUCACCUUCGCUACAGAUAUUGCUGAGCUGUGGGCAAUUUUCAGGAAGUUCACAGACAAGCAGGUUAUUGGGCUGGUGGAGAACCAGAGUGACUGGUACUUGGGGAACCUCUGGAAGAACCACAAACCUUGGCCAGCCUUAGGACGAGGAUUCAACACAGGUGUUAUCCUUCUCCUCCUGGAGAGAUUGCGCAGGAUUGGCUGGGAACAGAUGUGGAGGCUGACCGCAGAGAGGGAGCUCAUGAGCAUGCUUUCCACCUCAUUGGCCGACCAGGAUAUUUUUAAUGCAUUCAUCAAACAGAACCCUGUCCUGGUCCAUCAACUUCCCUGCUUCUGGAAUGUUCAGCUGUCUGACCACACCCGAUCGGAGCAGUGCUACACCGAGGUGUCAGAUCUCAAGGUCAUCCACUGGAACUCCCCCAAGAAGCUUCGGGUGAAGAACAAACACGUGGAGUUUUUCCGGAACCUCUACCUGACCUUCCUGGAAUACGAUGGCAACCUGCUGCGGAGAGAACUUUUUGGCUGCCCCAGUCAGCCCAGCUCAGAGAGUGUCCGGCUACAGGAUGCCCUUGAGGAGCUGGAUGAGGAUGACCAGUGCUAUGACUUCCGCCGUGAGCGGAUCACCGUGCACCGAAUGCACCUGUACUUCCUGCAGUACGAGUACACGCCCACUGAGGAUGACAACGACAUCACCCUGGUGGCCCAGCUCUCCAUGGACAGGCUGCAGAUGUUGGAGGCCAUCUGCAACCACUGGGAGGGCCCAAUCAGCCUGGCUCUCUACAUGUCGGAUGCCGAGGCCCAGCAGUUCCUGCGCUACGCCCAGGCCUCUGAGGUCCUCAAGAACCGCAAGAACGUGGGCUACCACAUCGUCUACAAGGAGGGGCAGUUCUACCCCGUCAACCUGCUGCGAAACGUAGCCCUGCGCAAUGCCAACACACCUUACGUGUUCCUGACCGACGUAGACUUCCUGCCCAUGUACGGCCUCUACGAUUACCUCAGAAAAUCUAUGCUCCAGCUGGACAUGGCUCACACUAAGAAGGCUCUGGUGGUCCCGGCCUUUGAGACCCUGCGUUACCGCCUCUCAUUUCCCAAAUCCAAAGCUGAGCUCCUCUCCAUGCUGGACAUGGGGACCCUCUACACCUUCAGGUACCAUGUCUGGACCAAAGGACAUGCGCCGACCAACUACGCCAAGUGGAGAACGGCCACCACGCCCUACAAGGUGGAGUGGGAAUCUGACUUUGAGCCCUAUGUGGUGGUGAGGCGGGACUGCCCAGAAUAUGACCAGAGGUUUGUGGGUUUUGGCUGGAACAAAGUGUCCCACAUCAUGGAGCUCGAUGCCCAGGAGUAUGACCUGAUGGUCCUGCCCAACGCCUUCAUGGUCCACAUGCCCCAUGCUCCCAGCUUCGACAUCUCCAAGUUCCGGUCCAGCUCCAGCUACAGAUACUGUCUGACCACGCUGAAGGAGGAGUUCCACCAGGACCUGUCGCGGAAGUACGGCGCUGCCGCCCUCAAGUACCUCACCGCAGAGAGGAACAUAUGAGCCAGGGCGUGGCCGCUGGAGAAAACAGCGCUUCAGAACUGCUGUCUGACAGCAGGCUUGAGGACAGAGUGCCACUGCCCUGAAGAACUCUUGGAAGUGUAAUCACUGGAAUAUCCUUUUCUCUUUGCUGUUUCCCAUACCACUUUCCGGAAUAAACAAACCGAUGUCAAGUAACGUGAGGAAGAUUGCUGCAAUUCGUGACCAAACUGUCCAGAUAUGAGAUUUUAUUUAACAACCAAAAUUGUUGGAUUUUUGUUGGAUUUUCUUUGCAAGCCAUUUCGCUUUAAAGACAGGGGAUUGAAAAAACAAAUCUCUUUUUUGACAAUCGGGAGCUUUUUUCAUGAUAAAAAAGUGGAUUCGCCCAUGUUGAUGAUCACGACAACAGUCACUGGCUGGAAAUAUACAGGUUACAGCCCUUUCCCGCAGCCUGUGGGAAGAUUCUGUGGGACAGUUGAGUGCAUUAAACUCAUUCUCAGACUUUUCAGUGAAAGUGGAAGUCAGCGGAACUGGAAUAAAAUGUAGGCUGAUUUUCGGAUUUUCGUGAUAUUUAAAAUAUUUAAAACAAUUUCUUUUUUGAUGUAAAUGAUUAAUGAAAGGAAAAAAAAAACAUUUUUGAUUAUGCUGUUGCAUACAAAUUGCAUUAUUUUUUAUUUCUAUUAUAUUUUUGCCCCUCAGAGGAAUUAAAUUUUAUUGGUCAUAUUUAAUAGAGUGAGUGUUUGUGAGAACUGUUGAAUGAUUUUCAAAAGCUUUUGUGGCAUAUUCUACCUUUUUGGUCUGAAUUAGCAUGUGGAGCAACAUGGACCCAUCAUUCCACUGGUGCAGUCACCACAGGCUGCUUUCAUCUCCGUUUUACUAAAAAAAACCAGACUACCUGGUUUGCAUAUUAGUUCUGUUCGUCACUCUUCUUCAGUAUACAUACAUUAUGGCCUGAAAAGAUACUCUGUGCCAAGUUAGAAUAUGAUGUUCUGUAUGUGCCAUUGGUGUGAUCUUCACUUGCCCUGUAUCAUUGUCAGUGCUGACCACAGCACUGAAAGCAACCUACCAUCUAGAAGAGAUUAGAGAGGUGCAGCAAGAAACUAAAAGAGAGUAUCCUCUGUAACUUGUCUAAGAUUUUACUUUUGUGAGGUCAGGUUACCGGAAUGAAAACCAUUACCCUUCCAUCCUCUGUAAUCGUAAUGACCUCAGUGAAAUGAUGACAUACCAUUCACUUUAGCGCCAUACACUUUAGUCUCCUCCACCCCCGCCCCUCUCCUCCCAUCCUGCCUGUGCGGUAAAUGCUAGUGCCUUUGCUGUAUUGUGAAACUGGGUAAUGAUUGUACCACUAUACAUUACGGACAGAGCCUGGGAUGUGACAGACUCUCUAUUUAUUAUUGUCAACUUAAAUCAAUCAUAUUUUUAUAUAUUGGGGAAAAUUGCUUUAAAUAAAUCUGCCCAUUUUGUAAA